AUGGGACGAGAGGUGUGGAAGCAAGUGUUCCAGGAAUUAAUGCAGGAGGUGAAACCAUGGCACACUUGGACCCUGAAACUAGACAAGGACCUUCUUCCCAACAUCCUGAAGCCAGGCUGGGUGCAAUACCAGCAGUGGACCUUUGCCAGGUUUCAGUGCUCCUCUUGCUCUAGAAGCUGGGCCUCAGCACAAAUUCAGGUCCUCUUCCACAUGCACUGGAGCAAGGGAGAGUCCAAGGGCCAGGUGAAGAUGAGGGUCUUUGCCCAGAGGUGUCAGAAGUGCUACCAGCCUCCCUUUGAGGUUCCACAGUUCACACAAGAGAACAUCUCAAGGAUCCUCAACAACCUAGUGCUCCGAAUUCUGAAGAAAUGCUACAGAGAAGGAUUUAAGCUAGUAGAGGUGAUUCCUACAAUCAAGGACAUCUCUCUCAAAGGACCACAUGACAGUGACAACUGUGAGGCAUGUCUGCAGGGGUUUUGUGCUCAGGGUAGGUUAUUGUGGUUUUCUGGACUCCUACAGGCUACGAAUCUCCCCACUUCUUGGAGCCCGAGAGCAAACACCAGUUACCAGGUGGAGACGAGAAUACCUUUCUCCCCCUCAGGGGAGGAUUCCUAUUCCUACCCAAGCCAGAAUCCCAUGCACAGGAAGUUUUCAAUUAGUUGCUAUUGUUGUUUCAUUUUCAUUGUUGUGGUAGUGAUUGUUAUAAUAAUCACCGUAUGAGCCUCAAACACAGUAUGC